CUUGAUAAUUUAUACUAAUUUCCACAAAUAUAUUAGCUGAAUUACUAAAUAAUCUAUAUUAUGAGAAUUAUCUCAAAAUAAAUAGAUUCAUUUGUUAAGAAAUAGAAUAUAUAUAAAAAGAUAAAUAGAUAUAGAAAGUUGACUCAAAUACAGUAUUCUAAAAUUUAUCUUAAAAUACAGUAAUAUGAUAGAGUCAAGUAGUAAAGAAAAUGAUCAUCGACCAGUCACUCCAUCAGAGGAGGAUUGUUGUGGCAAUUCUUGUAAUCCAUGCAUUUUUGAUGUACAUAAGAAAUUAGUUGAAGAAUGGGAAAAAAGAAAAUUAGAUAAAAUAAAAAGAGUUUACAAUGAAAACUGUUUGUCUCUUUUGCAGUAUAAGAGAUUUAUUGUUAGAGCUAUAAAAAGAUCAUCAGAAGAUUGCAUUAUUAUUGAUAUUGAAUGUGGUUCAGAAAAUAAAAAUGAACUUGUGUUUAUGUCUCCUGGCCAACACAUUAUGAUGAGAUUAACUUCUACUUCUAAACCAUAUACUCCUAUUUCAUGGAACAAGCAAUCAAUAAAGCUGUUAAUAAAACUGUAUGAAAAUGGUGUUGCCAGUAAUUGUAUAAAACAAUUAAAACUUAGAGAUGAUAUAUUUAUCAGAGGACCAUAUGGUGAUUUUAAAUAUACAAGAAACAGUUAUAAAAACGUAGUAAUGUUGAGUAUAGGAAGUGGAAUAGCAGCUCUGUACCCAAUAGCUGUCUCAAUAGUCAAAGAUGAUUUAGAGGAUACAAAAAUCAAAUGGAUCUCAGGAUUUCGAUCUUUAUCACAUGUGGCUCUGAAAGAUGAAUUGAGAGCGUUAACAGACUAUUGGAAUUUUGAAUGUUUAUUAUGUUUAUCUCAAGAAAAGGAUGCAAAUAUCACUGGAAUACAGACUAUAAAUAGCCGCCUAAAUGAUAAAAUAAUUAACAACGUUCUCGACUCUUACGAUUCAGAAUCGGUUUUAAUUUUAAUUUGUGGAACUCCCGAAUUUAAUGCGUCAAUGGAAAAACUCGUUGUUAAAAAAAAUUUUUCCAAUCAUUAUUCAUUCAGGUGACAUUUCAAUAAAUAUUUUGUUCAUCGUUUGAUAACAAACAAAGCGUCUUUUGUGAUUCGUUUAAUUAAUAUUCAUCCACAAGUUAUAGCUUUUUGUCAUAAGUUGAAAAUUGACAUUUUUUUAAUAAAUCUUAUAGUGUCUAUUGUUUUACUUUAACACAUCUUUAAUAUAACUAUAAAUUUAUUUGGUAUUUUUCAAGUGCAAAAUUAUGCAUAUAUUUUAAAAGAACGCAUUGAUUCUUUAAAUAUUAUUUAACGUGUUUUUAUAUCGUAAUGUUUCGAUUGUAAUGAAUAAGUUUGAAAAACGAAAAAUCGAAAAAAAUUCUGUAUUUGGUCUGAAGUUUUUGUCGUCUAAAAUGCUAAAAUUGAUUGGAGGUAGUUUCGCUCAAAAUGUUCCAAUUACAAUUUAUAUCCAAAUUAGUACUUGGUAACAAAACUGAUAGAGAUCACAUGAGUUAUAUGCCAGUUUAUCAAAAAUAUUUGUUGAUUGCCUGUACAUUAAAAUAUUGUAACGACUCUUCAUGAAAAUAAUAUUUUUCGCACCUUUGAAAAUCGCACUUUUCACACGUCGUAUCAAAAAAUAUAGUACGGCACAUGUUCGGGUAAGAAUUUCUCGUCUCGUGUAUCUUUCUACCCCACUUUUAUCAUAAUGUACUAUUAAUGUUUCAGAGAGUUGCGUUUACGUAGAGUAAACAAGCAUUUAAUGUCGUAGUUUUAAGACGAAGCUAGAUAGUGUUGCCAUCACGAGUAAUUUUACCCGAGAAAAGGACCGAUUUUAACUUUAUUUUUUCUCAAAGUUAUAUGACAUUCCAUCAAGCUAAUAAUAAAAUGAGACAGAUGCGCGAAUAUACUUAAAAACAAUAAUAAUUUAUUCAUGUCUCCAAUAUAGAUUAUCCUCCUUUUUUAAAGUCAGCAAAAAAUUGAUGAA